UGACACACCAACUCUCGUGACAAGCAAGCCUUUGUCGAUAUUCCUUCUAUAUCCACUCCUUUUGUGAUCGAAAACGCAGGAUCGUCUUUCUUCUUUUCAUCCCUUCCCUCUUUGGGCGCCAUUGUUGCUGCUUCAGGACCACUCUCGAACUUCACGAACAGUAUUCACACGAUUUUGAAGAGUGUCAACUAAUCAAGCCGUGCCAUCAUCACUGCACAAAGCUCUUCGACUUUUGCUCGACUUAAGUUCUUCCCAGUCUUUCGCUUGAUACCCACAAAACGCUCUACGGCUUCACUCUUUUAAAACGACAUACCCACGAUGUACACGAAAUGCAUUUCGCUACUCGCCCUGGCUGGCGCAGCACAAGCGCAUAUGUCGCUCUGGUACCCUGGACCUCUGGGUGGUACUAAGGAGGCUAACAAAGCUUCCACUGACGUCGACCCGGAGCUCAACUUCCCUCUCGGUUGCUGCGAUAGCGAAGGCAAGCCCACUGCUCCUAGCCCUGGUGUCUGCCGUGGUCACCUCGACCUCUUCGACACUGAGGAUGCCCAAGUCACAUGGCAGCCAGGUCAGGAUGCCUACUUCCAGCUCUCUGACUACACUUACACUGCCGACGCACCUGGUGGCACUCACUAUGGUGGCUCUUGCCAGGUCGGCUUCUCUACCGACCGCGGCGAGACCUGGAAGGUCGCAGCUUCCUACAACGGCAACUGCCCUCUUCGUGGUGAGGAUGGCUCACCUGAAGUGCAGACAUUCGACUUCAAGGUUCCCACUGGCAUGCCUGAGGGCAAGGCUCUCUUCGCCUGGGUCUGGUUGAACCGAGAACACGAGUCAUUCAUGAACUGCGCAGCUGUUCAGAUCGGCGAAGGCUCUGGUAACACCACGACUCCCACCAACCCUGCUGCACCCUCCGUCUCGGCGACCAAGCCCACCAAGCCUUCUAGCUCAGCAUACCAGCCCACUCAGCCCGAUGACAAGGACCAGUACUCAGUAGCACCCGCGCCAACCUCAACUCGCGCUGUUAGCCGUCCUUCCUACCCUACUGCAUCUGCUUCGCCAUCUCAGCCUGACGACGAGGAGUCCACUGAGGAACCGUCCUACGAUGCUCCCCCUGAGGAUAAUUCUGAGAACACUGAGGACUCUUCUGACGAGGAGGACUCCAACAACGACUACGAAGAGACCGACAACAAGUGGUCCGGAAGCCCUGGCCGCUGGAACUCUCGCCGCCACCAGACUGUCAAGUAUAAGAUGAUCGACGAGCACAAGUGCAAGAUCGACACUGUGGCCAAGCGUGCUGAGUGCAACUGCAAUGCGUCCAGCGGUUGCUCAGCUCAGAAGCGAGCGCUUACUGAACGCAAGGCUCUUCGCAUGGCCCGCCGCGAUGCUCUCAAGAAGCGCGCCGAUGCUUGCGCCUGGGAUUCUGCCCCUUCCAUGGUAGUCUCCUACUACACUGUCGACGCUGCAUGUGCGCCCAACGCUAAGAUGAACGUCCCUGAGUCCGACACGUUCGAGAUCGGCUGGAACGAGUCCUGCGGUGUCGUCGAGGGCGACGGCGAGUUCCCCAUCAAGGACAUGGACUGCAAUAUGUUUAGCUAGAUGCUGACACAAACUAACACUUUGCGCAUGAUUUCUUUCUACUACAUACCCCUUCUUCUUUCAAUUCUCUUGUUCACACACUUUGGGCACGGUCCCACCCAUUUCUUUUCGACGUCAGGUGGUCGCACAAAGCACCCAGUUACCGGUCACUUUCUGCAUCUGUCACCUGCCAAAGAGGUAGUGACACGAACUGCGGGUGCGUUUGCCCUACAGCUCGACACUUUGGUUUGACACCGGGGAAGAAGGGUUGUGGUUCCUUUUGGUUGCAUUUACUGGGUACAUCGAUCACGUCUCUCAUUAUCUCAUGAUGAUUGGGCAUGGUUACAAGGAAAACUAUCUCUAGAUACACAUGAACAGGCAACAU